CUAGAGAGAGCAAAGCAGGUAAAGCUUCUGCCGUACAUGACAAUACAAUUAUACCGGUACCAACUGAAAAUCUAACUACACAAGAAAAGGACGCAACUUCUGAUACAUCUACACAAGAAGGGAGCGCAUCUUCUGUAACACCUCUAGUUUUAUCAGAUGAUUUGCAGAGGAUUCAUGAUAAAUUGUCCGUAUCGUCGCUUUUAUUUUACAACAAGCUUAGCAAUGAAGACAAAUUAGUAUACCUAACUUCGGUUCAAGAUAUUUCUCAAGAUACGCUUCAAGAAGGAACUAGGAGAUAUCGUAAAUUAGGGAGUGAUAUCAUCAAACUAAUGGCCAACAUAGCCGUCACUGGUGUCACCAUUGCCGGUAUAUCAAUUGUAUCUGGUGCUUUUAGCUCGCUCGCAGGUGCAUUAAUUACGACCGGAAAAAUAGAACCAACUUCAGCCAUAACUUUAAUUGGCCCAGGAAUAGUAUUUUCUGAUUGGAUCGCAAAGUUCGCAAUUGCAUGA